CACCGCCUGUUUUCUUUUUUGUUGCUCAAGUAUCGUUUAUCACAUGAGGCGAGUCACGUAGUCUGAGCUGUUGUUAAAUACCCCCUCACCCCCAAGCGCUCGGCUGCACCACUGCUGACAGACAGACGGACGGACGGACAGCCUCUCUUCAGCGAGUAUCACGAGACCAGCGCUGUCCGCAGCACGCUCAAAAUAUCUUUGUCGUUUUUUUUGUGUAGUUUGAAACUUUGUUGCGCUAAGUUUGAUCUUAACCAAACACGAGUGUGGGAUAGAAGCAAGCCUUCAGAGCCCUUGUAUAUCAUCUUGUUCAGUGGCACAGAGUUUUGAGCGCAUUUCACCCACGAUGUCUGCCAACACGCAGCAGAGCAAGAGCUGCCCCAUUCCCACACGUGUCCUGCACCUCAAAGACUGGUCCCAGCUCCCAGACUGCUACAGUCAGACCCCUGGAGGAACGCUCUUCUCCACCACACCAGGAGGAACUCGGAUCAUUUAUGACAGAAAAUUCCUCCUGGACUGCAGGAACUCUCCCAUUGCCCGGACCCCACCCUGUUGUUUGCCCCAGAUUCCUGGGGUAACCAUUCCUUCACUCCAUCCAAUGUCCAAACUGCAGGAACUCAAAGAGGAGUUGGAGGAGGAGAAGGAUCUGGCAGCUGAUGACAACCAGUUUGAGAUGGACAUUUGAGUCUUUCAUCUACCUCCUGUGGAGAAUUCUUUAUUUUAUCUGUCGAGAUGUUGCUGCUUCCCCCACGAUCAGCGGACAUCACAUAUUCACCAGAUUACAGGGCUUUUUAAUGAGCUAAACAGCCAAAGGGUGUCUUAUUCUUUUGUUUAAAAGUAUUUGUUAGACGCUUACAAGAAAAAGAAAAAAAAAAAACUAUUUUCAAGUGGCAGUGUUUUAAAGUUCUUUAUUGUACAUAUGAUACUUUCUACCUUUUUUUUUUUUUUAAGAAAAUGUUGCAUUACGUGUGAGCCGGGGGAAAUCCAUGGCAAAAUCUCUAAUUUCUGAGCUUUAUAUCUCAGCAAACAUUGUUGAUUGUUUAAUGGCAAAGACCGACUAUAUGCCAAAUAAAUGUCUGUUGCACAAGUUUGGUGUUUCACCUUAAAAAGCGCAUCAGAACAUAAAUGUACACAGUUGUGUGCCCUCAGGGUUUUCCUUUUGUUUCAUUUGCCUGGAUUUCCUCAGGUUUUAUUAUUUUGAUUGAAAUAAAAAAAA